ACACACACACACACACAGGCAUGGAAGCGGUCAGAAACGAGGAAAACACGCUGCGGACUUCUCCGAACCGACGGUAGGUCCACUUUGCUUUUCAUCGCUUCUGUCGCGCGCUGCUAGCUUAACCGACAUUAGCAUUCCGUCCGUGGAUGUUUACCGUGUAAAUGGAGCAAAAAGAUAAAUAAAUACCGCGAACGAUAGUUUAAAAACAACAACAAAAAAACGUCCGCGUUUAUAAACGUAUUUCGGGCUCCUGAGCUACAUGUUUUCUCCCACACAUUUCUCAUUAUCGUCUCAAAGUACCAUUUCUGGACCGUGUUUUUAAACUUUAGCACAUACAGCUCAGGAAAAUGUACCUUGGUUCUUACGGGGGUUUGGCUGAGGUCGUCUCCGGGGUUUUUGAAAACAAUUAAAACUGGCUAUAAACGUGUUGCCUACCCUCUAAAAACACAAAAUAAUGAUGCGUAAAGUAAAAUGGUGUGACAGACAGCCGGAGCAACAGGUGAUCCUGAUUCCCGGGCAGACAACGUGAUUGACAGCCGGCUUCAGCCAAUCACCUGACAGAGAAGUGGGCGCGCCCACCAAUCGCAUGCUCCCGCAGUGCCCGUGUGGGCGUUGCUCCAGACCGGGCACGCACACACACAGCAGCAGUGUCAUCAGCGGUGGAUCCACACGGGACACCGAGGACAGGCAGGGCAGGGUGUUUCUGGCUCUGGCGGAGGGUUUUUCUUUUUUGUUGUUGUUGCUGCCGCGGUGGCCGACAAAACAGGAGGAAAAUACACCGACUGUGAGGCGCUGGAGAGGACCGUGCUCAUAGAGGAUUAGGUUGAAUGUUUUUCUCCACAGACUGGCAGGUAGCUGCUGCAGCCGUUUUGGAAUACAAGCGACUCUGAGGACUACUCCCGGACAGUUGGAUCACACUUCCUAAAUCAGCCGUCCUUCCCCAUGUGGAAAGAUGGGGAAUGGAUUAUCAGAACAACCUAGCUUCCUCUCAAGCGUCCCGUUUUUCAGCUCUUUCCACAUUGCCAUCCUCGGACUGGACUCCGCUGGAAAGACCACCGUCUUGUACAGACUGCAGUUCAACGAGUUUGUGAACACUGUGCCCACCAAAGGCUUCAAUGCGGAGAAGGUCAAGGUGUCCCUGGGCGGCCACAGGACUGUGACGUUCCACUUCUGGGACGUCGGCGGUCAGGAGAAGCUGCGCCCCCUGUGGAAGUCAUAUACGCGAUGCACAGAUGGCAUCAUAUUCGUGGUGGACUCUGUGGACGCAGAGCGCAUGGAGGAGGCCAAAACGGAGCUCCAUAAAAUCGCCAAGACCUCUGAGAACCAGGGAGUGCCCCUGCUGGUGGUGGCUAACAAACAGGACUUGAGGCACUCUCUGGGAUUGGCUGAAAUUGAGAAAUUGCUGGCGUUGAAAGAACUGGGCCCUGCGACGCCCUGGCAUCUGCAGUCAGCCUGCGCCAUCAUCGGAGACGGACUCCGGGACGGCCUGGACAAACUCCACGACAUGAUCCUGAAAAGGAGAAAGGUGCUUCGGCAGCAGAGGAAAAAGAGAUAGACUCGUCACGAGACAGACUCCUCUGCUGCUUUAUGUGAAGGAAACAUAAGAUUUUUUUCUCCUGGGUGGAUUCGAGGUUCCGCCGCAGGUUUAGAUUCAGUACGCUGAGUUUUAUCAGUCCAGAUCUGAGCUUUAGGAUUCCCGCCUUGGUCUUGUGUUUAUGCUGUUGAUCAGGAAGUGAACGUAAAGGAACACGGUAUGAAGAUGAGAAAGUUUCAGACAUGUGUGGAUAUGUAAUAAAGAGUUUCUACGGAGUAAAAAGCACUGAUGGUGUGGGGUCUGGAAGGGUGGUUGAAGUUGUUUUACGGAUGCUGUAUGACCAUUUUUUUUGAACAGCGAUUCCAAACAAUAUUACCAAAAAUAAAUUAAGAAAAGGCUUUGACGAGUUGAAGGGUUGUUUGGUAAAUGAUUGAACCAUGUUGUACCUGAGGGGCCGUUUUUAUUUUUACUGUUAUUCUAACUUGUUUUACACUGGACUUUCUUUGUGAAAGAAAAGUAUUAUCAUGCAUUAUUAUCAGUUUACUUGCUGUCUUAUAUCUGAUUUUGUUUGUUGUUGUUGUUGUUUUUUUUUUAAAACGCACUUUAGAAUAUUACUUUGUAUGGAGUUUACAGUUUUUAAAUAGAUAAAGUUGUGUUGGAUUUUACAGAAGUGUUUGGGCAAAUUACAGCAAAUGCUACUGUACGGCCACGUUGUCACUAGACAGGUUAUGCAAUAUGUUUGCUAAAUAAAAUAUCUUUAGAACAAUA